AUGGCUGGCGCGGUUGUUGUAUGGCUGGGGGCGUUCGCCAAGAGUGGCCAACCGGAGGCGGCGCAGGCUACUGCCGAGGCGGAAGCCGCACAGCGCCAUCACGGAGAUGAUGGCGUUGGCGCGGUUGCGAGCGUGAAGAAGGGUGAAGUCCAGGAGAAGAGGACGCGGAACAGCGGCGUGCUCUCCGACUCGGGGACCGUCGUAUGCAUGCUCACGGACCGCUUCGCUCCGGCGUGA